AAUGAGACUCACUUCCGGCAGGGAGGCCGGGCGUAGGGCGGGGUCUCUUGAGUCUCUCGGGUCUCGCGGGUUUCGCGGGUCUCGCGUGACUGCAAGACCGCCCCUCCCCGGGCCCCCCGCUCUUGUUUCAGCGGGGUGUCCUCUCCCUCCCGGUGGAGUCAGGUUGGCGGUGGCGGCGGGAAUACCUUUUCCGCGCAGUCCUUGGUCCCUCAGGCUCUGAGGCUGAGAGCUGUCGCGGAAUCACCCACCGGCGCCUGCUCACCCACACUCCCGGGGGCCGCUCGGUCUUAAUUCCGCCUUUGCCCUUGGUUAUCAUCCUGGGCGUCCCCGCUCUGAACAAUCCUUUAUGCUUCAGGGACCUGUAUACCUGCUUGCUUUAUGGUCCUUUUAAUCCAGACUGUAAAUACUUUCUAACCACCAAAUUUUAAUUUUCACUUGAACCUACUUGACACGGCCGUGACUUUCUCUCCCGGACCAAAGAAUCCCUGCUCGACCUCGACCCUGUGCAACUUCUCUGACCCAUUCAGUCAUUGUUGCUUACUUCCCCACUUGUGCCCCCACACAAUCUAUCACAUAGCUCAUGCAAUUGUCGACCACAUUUGUCUUCCCUGCUCGACCAAAUUCCUUAAUGGUUCAGGAUUAAUUUCUUCUAUCCACGCACUCCCAGUUUCUAGCAUGUAGUAUAUUUUCAACAAAUUGAAUGUACUUACUCUCACCUCACUGAGUGGAAGAGCCAUCUCUCACCCAUUCUUUCAGUUACUCUGUGUAUAUUCUUCCUGCCUCGUUCCUGUCAGCUAAAAUACAUUUUAGCUAAAAUAUCUCAAAUUCUCCCUGCUUUCUACCUACCACCCUUGCUCUUUCCUUGACAGCCAAGCUCCCCCAAAGAGUAGUCUGAAUUCUGUCCAUUUGUUCCUUUCCCGUUCGUCAUUUAAUCCACUGCAAUCUAACACGUUUUACUCAAAUCAUCAAUUAAACAAAUACCACAUUGUAUCAACUCUUCCCAUUCCUUUUACCACUUGUUCUCUCUUUCGUACUUUACCUCGCUUCCUUAUGGAAACUCUUGCAUUCUUCCUAUUUUUCUGGCCAUUUCUCAGUCUUUUCAGGUUCUUCUAACUUUAUUCGCCAUUUAAGUGUUGAUAUUUUUUAGCCUCUGGUCCUUGCCUCUCAACUUUUCACAGUACACAAUCUUCUUGGGUGAGCUAAUUUUGGGUGGCUUCAGUCCACAUCUCUACUGCUUACCUCCACACUCACGUAUGUACGUAAUCUCUGAUUAUUAUUCCUUGGUCAUUCUACAGACAAACUUGGUGAACGUAGUCAAAGACUUCGAUCUUCCUUGCUCACUGAUACCUUCUCCUUUAUACCAUAUCUUGGUGAGUGGCACCCUUGUCCCCCUAGAUAGUGAUGUCACAGAGACCUGAAAAUUGUUCCCAAGCCUUUGUUUCCCCUAAUACGCUGUCACCAUAUCCUUUUGUUCUAUAUCUCAAAUCUGCUUCCUCCUAUUAAGCACCUGUGCCACCGCCCAUGUCUCUUAUCUCGAGUUCAACAGCCUCCUGCGGUCACCCUGCCUGCAUUCUAACCCUCCUCCAAUCCCUUCAUCCUUCACACGUCUGCCAGGUUAAUCUUCCCAAAACGUGACUUUCUUCCUUCCACUUACUUAAUCAAAAAGUUGGAUAACUCUCUAUUACCAAGAGAAUACAGCUCACUUGCCUUUCCAAACCAACCUCAGCUUCUCCUCUUAACAGGAGCUUUCCACUGCAGCCAGACUUGAUACAUCGCUUCGGCCUUUUUGCCUGCGCUGGUGCCAUUUCUCGUGCCUGUAGUGCUCAUCUUCUUCCUGAUCAGAUAUCCUGAAUCUUCUCAACUGUUAAGGCCCACCUUAUAUUCUGCUUCUUCCCAGAACACUGAAGUCCACAGUGAUAAUAGCCAAAUAAACCUUGCAGUUUACAAAAUGUAUCUGCCUGAGAGGUCAACACUACCAGCCCCAUUUUGUGAAUAAGAAUGAGAGAAUUGAGGCGCAGAAAGUUGAGUGACGUGCCAGAGGCUGCAGAGCUGCCAAGAUACAGCAGCUGGGCCUACCUAGUCUUCAGUCUUCUCUUUCCAGAUCUGCUUUUACCUCAGUGACCACUCCCUCUCUGACCUCACAGCAUUAUGGUCUUCAUCAGUCCCUGAGUCCUUGAUCACAUACUGCCUGUGACCAGCAGAAAGAGGGGCCUUGAGAGUGGGAGCAAGGCCUAUGAAGAGAUCAGCCCCUAUUUGAAUCAGAGCUGGCCAGUAAGUGCACAAGAAUUGAACUGAGCUACCCUUGGGAACAUGGUCUGUGAAUGCAGGUAAGCUGGGCAGAGCUUUGGGAAUGAAAGGUAACCAUCAGGUGUCCUGUAAGGAGGACCUAGAGCAAGGAUCAAGACUCUCCAGCAGGUAGAAGGUAGGGGUCUGGGUCAUGGGCACUACUUCUGCGCAGUUUUGCCAGGUUCCAUGGGUAUGGAGGCCCUACACCCCAUCCCUCAGGCCAUCCAUCUGAAUGGAAGUCCUCCCUGAGUGGACCAACACUCUGUGUUGGGUUCUGUGUUCACCUACCACUCUUCUCAUUGGUGGUUUGAUCUCCAGGGUAGAGGGCAUGCCUUGGGCGAUUGUUUGGCUCUGGUUUCUAGCAGGCUCCCUUUCAUUCCCAAGGCAAUCCUAUAGUUUUAACAUAAGGCUCAUGUGCGGUUCAUCAGUGUAGGUCAGUUUCCCUAGGUUGACUAGGUCUGAGAGAGCAAAGUUUGAGUUCUGUAUCUGCAAAGUUGAGUGGCAUUCCAGACGUUAGGCAUUUGGUGACCUGUCCUUCUCCACUCAGGCACACGGAGCAUGACCCUGAGACAUGACCUCUGAGAGGCCUGCUUCUCUGUGACAUCUCUUCUGAAGUAGAGCGUGGCCUUGUGACAUCUCAGGCAUUUGGGUUCCCCUAGAGAGUCAGGGCCUCAGAAAAUACCUGUGAAAUGAGCAGAAGGGAGAUGAUGCCAGGCAGCAACCUGGCGAGACAGGGAGUGGAGCUUGCUCGCUCUACACGCUGCUUCACACCUGAGGAUAUCAUCGGAAGAGCCCCGGUCCCGGGCACGGGCAUGGGCACCGAUAUGGGCAUGAGCUUUAUGGGGCUGCCACUCAUUGACCAGAAACAUGGGAGUGGUCAGAUGGAGGCCAUGGUACAGACCUGCUCUGUGUGCCGACAGGACCUGGAUGACGUGGGUGCCCGGUUCCUACCCUGCCAGCAUUUGCUCUGUAAAGACUGCUUCCAGGGCUUGAUCCAGGAGCUGAGGCAGGUGGCCAAGGUUCUCGGGACUGUCCCAGAUAAGCUCAUCUCCUGUCCUGGGUGUAAGCGAGUAUACCUUACCAGGGAUGUAACUGAACAUUUUUUUCUGCAGUGUGUUUCUACUGGGCGAUCCAAGAUGGCCAGGAACUGCUCCGAGUGCAAGGAGAAGAGGGCGGCGCACAUCCUGUGCACCUACUGCAACCGCUGGCUGUGCAGCUCGUGUACCGAGGAGCACCGGCACGGCCCUGCCCCCGGGGGCCCGCUCUUUCCCCGCGCCCACAAGGGACCGCCAGGAGCGAGUGGUGGUUCUGGGGACUUCGCCUUGUACUGUCCUCUACACACACAGGAAGUGCUCAAGCUGUUCUGCGAGACCUGUGAUGUGCUCACGUGCCACAGCUGCCUCAUGGUGGAGCACAAAGAACACAGGUGCAGACAUCUUGAAGAAGUUUUGCAAAACCAGAGGAUGCUUCUAGAAAGUGUGACUACACAGGUGGCUCAUAAGAAAUCUAGUCUACAGACAUCUGCAAAACAAAUUGAGGACAGGAUUUUUGAGGUGAAGCAUCAACACAGGAAGGUGGAAAACCAGAUCAAAAUGGCCAAGAUGGUUCUGAUGAAUGAGCUGAACAAACAGGCCAACGGGCUCAUAGAGGAGUUGGAGAGCAUUACUAAUGAGAGAAAGCGGAAGUUGGAGCAGCAGUUACAGAGCGUCAUGGCCCUCAACCGUCAGUUUGAGCAUGUGCAGAACUUCAUCAAUUGGGCAGUCUGCAGCAAAACCAGUGUCCCUUUCCUGUUCAGCAAAGAACUGAUUGUGUUUCAGAUGCAGCGAUUGCUGGAGACAAACUGCAACACAGAUCCCGGCUCCCCUUGGAGCAUCAGAUUCACCUGGGAGCCUAACUUCUGGACCAAGCAGCUGGCUUCCCUUGGCUGUAUAACAACGGAAGGUGGACAGCUGUCCCGGGCGGAUACUCCUGCUUAUGGAGGCUUACAGGGACCGUCAUCCUUUUAUCAAAGCCACCAGUCCCCAGUGGCUCAGCAAGAGACUCUUAGCCACCCCUCACACAAGUUCCAGUCUCCAUCACUGUGUUCCUCCUCUGGGUGCUGCUCGCACUGCUCCCCAGCCUCGCCCUCCCUCAAAGGCCAGGUCCCCCCACCCAGCAUACACUCAGCCCACAGCUUUAGGCAGCCCUCUGAGAUGGCACCCCCACCUCUGGGGUCUCUGCAGUGCUCUACCCUGCUGCCCAGGGAGAAAGAGCUGGCUUGCAACCCUCAGCCCCCAAAGCUGAUGCAGCCCUGGCUGGAAACGCAGCCCCCCGUGGAGCAGGAGAACACGUCCCAGCGGCUGGGGCCGCAGCUGACUUCCCAGCCGGUAUGCAUCGUGCCCCCGCAGGAUGUUCAGCCGGGAGCCCAUGCCCAGCCCGUCUUACAGACGCCCUCUAUCCAAGUCCAGUUCGGCCACCACCAGAAGCUGAAGCUCAGCCACUUUCAGCAGCAGCCACAGCAGCAGCUGCCCCCGCUGCCCCCUCCGCCGCUUCCAGCCCAGCAGCCGCCACCACUACCUCCAGCCCAGCAUCCGGCUUCCAGCCAGCACGGGAGCCCUCCUGGGCCCGCCUGUUCCCAGAACGUGGAUAUAAUGCACCACAAAUUUGAGCUGGAGGAGAUGCAGAAGGACCUGGAGCUCCUCCUUCAGGCCCAACAGCCCAGCCUGCAGCUGAACCAGACCAAGUCUCCUCAGCACCUUCAGCAAACCAUCGUGGGGCAGAUCAACUACAUCGUGAGGCAGCCAGCACCCGUCCAGUCCCAGAGCCAAGAGGAUGCUGUGCAGGCUUCAGAUGAGCCACCAGCAUCUGAAGGUCCAAAGCCAGCUCUCCCUCUUGACAAGAAUACUGCUGCUAACUUGCCCCAGGCAUCUGGGGCGGAAACCCCUCCCGGUGUCCCCCCACUGGACGGCACCAUCCAGCACUCCUCUCCGAAUGUGCACUCCACUUCGGUGAGCAUCAUGGGCUUUUCCAACACGCUGGAGAUGGAGCUGUCAUCUACCAGGCUGGCAAGGACCCUAGAGCCACAGAUCCAGAGCGCGAACAGCCUGACUGCUGCCCCUUCCCACAUGGUCCCAAGCCUGCUGAGCGGCACGCCCACAACUGUGCCCAGCCUGAUGAGCGGUCAAAACCAGGCUAUGCCCAGCCUGACAGUCAGUCAUCUGCAGACCAUACCCAGCCUUGUGCGCAGCGUGCCCCAGUCCGUGCCCAGUCUGAUGAGUGAUUCCUCCCAGACCAUCACAAGCCUAGCAAGUGAUCACUCACAGGCCAGGCCCAACCCGAUGUCUGGUCCCAUCCAGACUAUGCCAAGUCUGGCAACUUGUCCUCCGCAGAGCAUGCCUCCAGCUUCUGACAUGCAACCGGAAACUGGAUCCAGCUGCAGUCCUGGCUCUGGCCGAGCUGGAGGGAGCCUGUGCCCUGCAGAUGGCGCUGACCCCUCUCUCAGGAAUGCCCUGUGUAAGAUGGAAAGUGAGGAUUCUACCCACUUCACUGACUCCCUGGGACAAGACCCCACAACCCCGGGUCUGGAGGUUUCCAAGGAUCUGGCUAUGCCUUCAGAACUGGAGGAGCCAAUUAACCUCUCUGUGAAGAAACCUCCACUGGUCCCAGCGAUCAACACAUCCGUGGCUCUGCAGCAGUACCGGAACCCAAAAGAGUGUGAGAAUUUUGAACAAGGAGCCCUGGAGCUGGGUGCAAAAGAGAACCAGAGUAUCAGGCCCUUCAACAGCGAGCCUAAGAUUCCCUACGUGCGGCUGGAGCGGCUCAAGAUCUGCGCUGCCUCUUCGGGAGAGAUGCCGGUGUUCAAGCUGAAGCCCCAGAAGAACGAGCAGGACGGGAGCUUCCUGCUUAUCAUUGAGUGUGGCACCGAGUCCUCCAGCAUGUCCAUUAAGGUCAGCCAGAACAACCUGCCCGACGCCAUCCAGGCCCCAAGUCUGGGGGGAAGAAAGGUCACUGUCACUUCUCUGGCUGGGCAGCAGCCACCGGAGGGGGAGGGUGCCUCUCCUGAGGAACAGAGACUCAUUCCUCGGAUCGCUGGAGCCAAGAAGGGGCCCCCAGUACCAAUAGAGAACGAGGACUUCUGCGCCGUGUGUCUCAACGGGGGGGAGUUGCUGUGCUGUGACCGCUGCCCCAAAGUGUUCCACCUCUCCUGCCACCUGCCAGCCCUGCUCGGCUUCCCGGGGGGAGAUUGGGUGUGUACCUUGUGCCGCAGCCCGACCCAGCCUGAGAUGGAGUACGACUGUGAGAAUGCCCGCUAUUACCAGCCUGGGAUGCGGGCCACUCCUGGCCUGAGCAUCUGUGACCAAAAGAAGUGCGAAAAGCUGGUCCUGUCCUUGUGCUGCAACAGCCUCAGCCUGCCCUUCCAUGAGCCCGUGAGCCCGCUGGCCCGGCAUUACUACCAGAUUAUCAAGAGGCCCAUGGACCUGUCGAUCAUCCGGAGGAAGUUGCAAAAGAAGGACCCAGCUCACUACACCACCCCAGAGGAGGUGGUGUCAGACGUCCGCCUCAUGUUCUGGAACUGUGCGAAGUUCAAUUAUCCUGACUCAGAAGUGGCGGAGGCUGGCCGCUGCCUGGAAGUAUUCUUUGAGGGCUGGUUGAAGGAGAUCUACCCGGAGAAACGGUUUGCCCAGCCAAGGCAGGAGGACUCAGACUCUGAAGAAGUGUCUAGCGAGAGUGGGUAUUCCACUCCCCAGGGCUUCCCAUGGCCCCCGUAUGUGCAGGAGGGCAUCCAGCCCAAGAGGCGGCGGCGACAUAUGGAGAACGAAAGAGCAAAACGAAUGUCCUUCCGCCUGGCCAGCAGUGUCUCCCAGGUGUGAGCAGCGUGGCAGCGGACGCCCCAUCCUGUCGACCACUCCUCCCCACCUUUCAGCUCAUUGUCUUCAGAUCGUGGACGUGAGACGGGCCUUGUCGAGCUGUGUAGUGCUCUCCUUUGCCGUUUGCAUCUUACAGCAUUCAUUUGGGAGCCAUAGUGCAUCCACUACGGAGAAGAUUUCAGUAAUAAACAGCAAAGAGGGAGGUGUUCCCGAUGACUAGAAAAAUCAGAUGUGUAGGGUCCACUUGACGAGACCACACCUGGUCAGGCUUGGGGGACCUCACUUCCUUGGUGACCUCUCUCUGCUGAGGAAAGCAGACUUUUCUCACCUUUCAGUGUGCAGGGCUUGGGAGCAAUGUCUAUAUCCAAAGUGUUCCUGGGCCCCGAGGGGAGAAGAAAGGGAGAGCGGUUCUGACAUACAGCAGGCCUGGGAUCCCUGGCCCAGCACAGCCAAAGACUGUCACUGUUUGCCUUUGCUUGGCCUGCUGGGACAGGACGCUGCCCUGCGCAGGGUAAUGGAGGCUUCUAGAGGCCAGAGGUCUCAACUGGUGCCUAUUUGGGUUCUAACGGUUUUCAGGGUAUUUGUUUCUCAUGCCACCUCUCCCGCUGUUGACUUAGGUGGCCGCUGUGCUCUAGGUGGUGGUAUGGCCUUCUCCGACGGGGCCAGUGGCUGUGCAGGGACUGCUGACAGCUUCAGGCUCAGAUCUCACUGGCAGGCUUGAGGAGAUGUCAACUGCAGAGCCUGUCCUCUGGGCCACUGACUUGGCGUUCAUAGCUCUCCUUCGGUGUCAGAACCUGCCUUCCUAGGAGUGAUUGCCAGUGGCUGUCUCUUCAGUGUCUCCACUCAGGGGUCUGGACCCGGAGUUCUGCCUGGGAAACCUGAGAGGCAGGGGCUGGCCAAGGAGGCUGAGCCAGAACCAGCUCACCCUGCUGGGCUUCUCCCCACCUCUCAGAGAUCCUAGCCCUCAGCGCCUCCACUUUCGCAGAGCCAAAGAUCACAAGUGAGUGCUCUGACUCGCCUGCCCCCGGCUGCCAGAGAAAGCCGAGGCUCUAGUGGCAAACCCUUUUCGGCUAGCAGCUGGGGAAGGCCAGAGGGUGAGCCGGGAGCCCGAUCUAACCGCUCCUGGGGGGUGUUCUGUCUAGAGUGGAGGAGGGGAAAACUGAGAGGUGAGGAGCCGGAGUCCUUCGGUGACCGUGAAGUAACUUCAGGAUGUCACUCCUCCAAGGAUGCAGAGGGAAGUGUUCUGGGAGCCACAGGCACAGGAACUCCAGACUGCAUCUCGGAUGGAGGUGAUCUUCACGGUCCCUGUGGGGCGUUUGGGAGGGAUGGGUACUGGCAGCUGCUGGGGGUCAGCUGCUGGGGGUCAGGCUUGAGAGGACAGCCACUGCUGGUGAUGCUGGGGAGCUGGAGAGCUGGCAGUCCAGCGGCCUCCCCUGCAGGCGCAGCUGUCUCUGGCCUGGUCACGGCUUGGCUCAUUUCAAGGGAGUCUUAGGUCAUGGCUUUAUUUUUGCUAAGAGAUGAAGUUUAAGGAAGUUCUUGUGUGUAGGGCCUUUGUCCAUGGGAACAUUCUGCUCGGAGAAGAACGUUUCUUCUCUCCUUGUCAGUUGGUGGUACUGCUCAUUUCCUUCGCCACCCAGGCUGAGAGGCCGUCUUCGCUUCAGAGCCAACACGUCCUCGGCCUGCCAUUCUUUCACCAGCCCUUGCCAGGUUCUCCUGCGCAGACGGGCUUCCACAGUCCUGUUUCCUAGUUUGGGGUAGCUAAGUCUUUAGGCUCCAGUAGCCAGGCGAUCUUUGGACCUAGCCCUCUGCUCUUUGGGGCACACAUCACUCUCUGGAUUGGGUUUUGGCCACUUUCCUUUCAAGGUUUGAAUCUUUUUCCCUGUUUAGUUGACUUGGCAAGGUUCCCUCUGUAAUUACCUCACUAACUCAUGCUCUUGGACGUCUUUCCUUUGUUGUGGCCCCACUCCCACCUUCCCUGAGUGAGCAACAUGGUGCUAUGUGUCCGACAGCCAGGUGAGGGCUGCGACAGGCUCAAACCUGAUUGAGCUCCUUCCACAGGACCAACUGGAGGCCACAAAUACGAAGCAGAAAUGCCUGGCUAAAUGCUUGGCUUCCCUUCUCUUAGGUAUAGUGUGCCAGGCCAGGAGAUCUUCGUAGUGUGGUAAGAGGGUCACAUACUCCUUUCCCAUUGCGGAGACCCUGCAUGCUGAGAGGCCCACUUUCGGCACCUGAGCAGAUGUAGGGUGUCCUUCCCUGCAAGGGUGCAGGCCCUGGCCCACCACACCACCCCUGCACUGGUUACCCCACACCACUGCCCUUUCCCGGGUUUUUCCUAUGGACUUAGCACCAGCGUUUUGUGUCAUGGUUUUGUUUUGUUUUUGCAUGCAGAAAACAGAACAUGACUUUUUAGAAAUUAAAAGAAAAAGCUGCUAGCUGAGUGACUGACUUCAGUGGCUCUUUGCUAACGUCUGAGCUGAUCCCAUAAUGGUCCCUUUUGAAGUCAGUCAAGACCUUUGGCCCUUGACUAAGACAUGAAAUGGAAAUACAGUGAGUUCUGGGUCCUCACAGUAUAGAAUGAGUCCUGGAGGAGAAAUGGGGCUCCUUGGAUGUGCUGGGAAAUAGGAGAGUGGAUUGGCUUCAGUGGAUGCAAAGGGGAUUUUAGUGCAAAUGAUUGGUGCAGGAUGAAUUGUGGAAUACUCUUCCAGAACAUGGGCAGGCUGGCCCUACUUGACUUCCAGCAGUUGCCAACUACCCCCCCUCUGCAGGUACCCCUUCCACAGUGGCUCUAAGACUUGGUGGGUUCGCUCCCUGUGGCAGCGGGUCUUUGCCUUGCUCCUGAGACCUACACCUGUCCUUAUUUGUUCCCAGGCUCUGCUCUGCUCUCUCUCUCCCUCCAUGAUGUCGUGUCACCUGUGGUCUUCUCUUCUGAACUCCUGAGCUGAGACUUUGCUCCUUUGGGAAUCACCAUCCCCCAUGCUGCUGCUUCUCCCACUCCCUCCCUGCUGUUUUAGAAAUUGCCUGCUCCUUUAGCCCAGUUCCCUGACCUCCUCUCUCUUUGUCUCAACCUUCUCCUGGGCUGCUUCCUCUCCCUAGCCUGAACCCAUGGCCCAUCAUACACAGACAUUUUUGUCAGGAUCCUGAACUUUCUCAUCCCCUCCAACUCAAAACUUCCCCUGAAACUGUCAACCAUUCUCCAUUUUUGGCAUCAGCUUAUUUUCUACUCCCUCCUCCUGGGUUGCUAAGCAUGACAGCUUCAUAGUUGACCCCCUCAGUUGGGCUGUCAGCACUGAUGGGUAUAUCUUUGACUUGUAAUUACGCUGCUAUCUGUCCAUGCCCCUCAUCUUUGCUCUCAGCAAAUGACUGACCCCAUUGCCUACUCCACAGAACAGAGUCCCUGAAGUGGGAACCUCCUUGCCCACUUGCUCCUCUCUCCCUCCCAUCUGUCUGUGUCUACAUCCCUCCUCAGAUCCUUCCCUUCUGCUCUGUUUCUUGAAUCCUGCUCUAUGGCCUCCAAGGCUUUGCUCUGUCCCUUAUCCCACCGUUCCCACUUCCUAGGGCCUCAACUUCCCUCUCCAUUGGUGGCUCCACAAAGCCUACAAACAUGCAGAGGUCUCCCCCAGACUAAAGCAAAGCUUCUUAGAGUCAUUUGCCCCUGACCCAUUGUCCUUAUUAGCCAAGUUUCUUAUAGAAAGGAUUUUUUUCCAUUAAUUCUUCUCACUCUUCAACCCUCCACAGCUUUCCAUAAGAGUCACCAGUGACCACCCAGUUGCCAAAUCGAAAGAAUACCUUUCAGUCCUCAACUGUCUAGAAGUCUCCACAGCAUUUUACACCAUCCAUCACUCACUCUUUGAGACAGCCCCUUCACAUGGUUUUUCUGACACCGCAGGUGUCUGGGUCAGUCUCUUACCUCUUGGCCACACAGGCCGAGCCUUUCUUGAAGUCUUGACAAGGGAACACACCUGUAGCCCCGUGAGGUCUCCCCUCUUCAGGAAUUCGGCAGUCAGGAGGAAGCACGGCCACUCCUGCUCCCCCUCCUCUGUGUCUGCCUGUUUUCCUUGGGUCCGUUUCUGUCCCUGGACUCAGUUCUCCCCAUGCCAGCCAUGAUUAUGAGCUCUCCCGGGAGGACGGCAUCUGCGAGCCUUUCCCUUUGUCCUUCCCAGUCCCACACGGAGACAGAUUUUAGCAAUGUUUGCCAAGAGGCCCCAUCCAAAUCAGCCUAAGAAUAUGGAUUGAGUCGUACCAAGAAGCAGUUUGGUAAAUGGGAUUCCCAGGCAGGUGGGCAGACCAUUGCCAUCAUCCCCAUACUGGUUAGAGCCGGCCACAGCUGGUGAGGCGCUUGGGGUCACGGUCAAACACGUUUCCUGUGCUUCAUCGUGCUCCUGGUCGGGAGGGGGUCCUGGCAGGGGUGGCUGUCUGCCACUGAUGACCUUCUGGUGGAGGGAACGUGGAGAAGUGCUGGGAUUCAUCACUUGCUUAGGGCUCAGCUGAGGUCAGCUGGGCCUUUUGGGCCAGGUCUGUCCCAUCUGUACUGAUCUCACCCCCUGCUUGCUCCAGCUGUUCCUAGCGCUGGAGGCAGAUGUCAGGUGUUUUCUUGGAGGUGGGGUGAUAUAGUAGAAAGUUAUCUGAUUUCAGAUGCUGAACACCUAAAUUUUGGCUCUGCCAGUUAUGAGCUAUGUGACCUUGGGUACGGUUUCCCCAUCUAUGAAGUUGGUUGGGGGAGGGGGUUGAAAACAGUGAUCUCUCAGAGGCUGUCCUACUGGAAAGAUGGUGAUGGUGAUUCUAACUCUAAAGCUCCGGCCACACAGCGAGCAAGGGAACGUUGGGGGUACGACACAGCUGGGGAGUCUUGGCCAAGGCAGGACAAAGGGACUCACGGGCCAGACCGAGCUGCUUCUUCAGCCGUCCGCCCACGCCUCAAGCUGCGCCUCUCCCUUGGAUAGCGAGGGCGAGUUCCUCUUAAGCCUUUUUCAGAAGCAGCCAUUGGAUCCAAAGUGGUUGGGGACAGGAGGGAGGACUAUUGUAAAGGGAAGUGUCACUGAUCUUAAAAGGACCUACACAUUCAAGAACAAAUUAAAAAAUAGCA